UUAAUGACAGUUUCACGCUAAAUUCAACGACUCGACUGGACAAAAAGAAUUUCUAACGUGCAUGAGUAUUCUUAAAAAAGUAUCUGGAGGUUAAAGAUCCGCUGCGACCGAUAUCAGAUAUCGCGUGGAUCGAUGCAUGCAUGGAUAUAAAGGAGGAGCCAAUAUACGAGAUCAUCGCCGUGUAUCCCGUGGAUUAUACGAUGGACGCGACGAUAGGGUCGAACGGCAUAAUGGAGUCUUGCAUCGAUAAGUUUCCGCCACCGCAAAAGACGACGGUCACGAGGUCCGAGAAAAUACGUCGGACCUUGGCCGAAAAGCGCAAGAGAACCUGGCACCAGAAGAACUUUCCCUGUCCAUUUUGCCCGAGUGGAUUUGCCCAGAAAUCGUCGCUCAGGCGACACUUGAAGCGCGAGUGUGGGCAGGAGCCACGCUUCAAUUGUCCUUAUUGUAAAUAUAAAUCCAAGUGGCAGAACGAUGUCGGGAAGCACGUGAGGUACCAACACAAGGACAACCGCGUGCAUUUCGUCCAGUUGUACUGAUUCCUUUCGCUCAAUUGCCAUAUUCCCCCAUUAUUUACAUUAUUUAUCCAUUGGUAUUCCGUAAGACGUUGUCCAAUGAUUAUU